AUGUCCGUUUCUUGGCCGGCGCCGUCGACGUGCGCGGCCGCCGGGGCCCUCCUGGCCGCCGCGUGGCUGCUGUGCUUCAGGCUGUUCCCGGCCGUGGCGAGGCCGAGAAGGCGGGCGAUGAAGACGGGGGCGCAGCUCCCUCCCGGCAGCUUCGGGUGGCCGGUCGUCGGCGAGACGCUGGACUUCGUCUCCUGCGCCUACUCCCCACGCCCCGAGGCGUUCGUUGACAAGCGCCGCCUCCGGUACGGCAGCGCGGUGUUCCGGUCGCACCUGUUCGGGUCGGCGACGGUAGUGACGGCGGACGCGGAGGUGAACCGGUUCGUGCUGCAGAGCGACGCGCGGUCGUUCGUACCGUGGUACCCGCGGUCGCUGACGGAGCUCAUGGGCAAGUCCUCCAUCCUCGUCAUCAACGGCAGCCUGCAGCGCCGCGUCCACGGCCUCGUCGGCGCCUUCUUCAAGUCGCCGCAGCUCAAGGCGCAGGUCACCGCCGACAUGCAGCGCCGCCUCGCCCCGGCGCUCGCCGCCUGGCGCGAGCAGGGCCCCGGCGCGCGCCUCCGCAUCCAGGACCACGCCAAGACGAUUGUGUUCCAGAUCCUGGUGCGGGCUCUGAUCGGGCUGGAGGCAGGCCCAGAGAUGCAGCAGCUCAAGCAGCAAUUCCAGGAAUUUAUUGUCGGACUCAUGUCCCUUCCCAUUAAGCUGCCAGGGACUAGGCUCUACAGAUCCCUCCAGGCCAAGAAGAGGAUGGCGAGGGUCGUACAGAGGAUCAUACAGGAGAAGAGGAGGAGGAGGGCCCUGGACGGCGGCGGCGCGCCGAGAGACGCCAUCGACGUGCUCAUGGGCGACGGCAGUGAGGAGCUCACCGACGAGCUCAUAUCCGACAACAUGAUCGACUUCAUGAUCCCCGCCGAGGACUCCGUGCCGGUGCUCAUCACGCUCGCCGUCAAGUUCCUCAGCGAGUGCCCCCUCGCCUUGCAACAGCUUGAGGAGGAGAACAUGCAGCUCAAGAUGAGAAAAACCGACCUGGGUGAAACCUUGCAAUGGACUGACUACAUGUCCUUGUCAUUCACGCAGCAUGUGAUAACGGAGACGCUGCGGAUUGGGAAUAUCAUCAGUGGGAUCAUGCGCAAGGCGGUCCGCGACGUCGAAGUGAAGGGGCAUCUCAUCCCCAAAGGAUGGCGUGUGUUCAUGUACUUCCGGUCGGUCCACCUCGACGACAUGCUCUACGAGGAUCCCUGCAAGUUCAAUCCAUGGAGGUGGAAGUGUGUCAAUCAACAGGAGAAGGACAUGAGCACUAGCAGCUUCACCCCUUUUGGUGGUGGGCAGAGGCUGUGCCCGGGCCUGGAUCUGGCCAGGCUGGAAGCUUCCAUCUUUCUCCACCACUUGGUCACCAGCUUCAGGUGGGUGGCCGAGGAGGACCACAUCGUCAACUUCCCCACCGUGCGCCUCAAGGGAGGCAUGCCCAUCAGGGUCACCGCCAAAGACUAG